UACAGUGUCCAGUAAAAUUUGUCCUUGUCCAUAUGUUGUAAAAGCCAAAAGCCAAAAGCCAAAGGGAGGAUAUUAAAAAAGGUUCCCCAGACACUACGUCAGUGUAUCCUUUCCUCCGGCUGCUGUCCCUCCCUCACCCCCCUCAGGUGGGUGAGUUGGGAGGUAGGUAAGGUGAAGGGGCUGGGUCAGGCAUCAUCCCGUCACCUGGGAGACCCUGCCAUCCACGGGCCGGAUCUGGGGACUGUGCUGUCCACGGGGCGGGUCUGGGGACUGUGCCAUCCACGGGGCGGGUCUGGGGACUGUGCCAUCCACGGGGCGAGGCUGGGGACUGUGGCACACACGGGGCGGGGCUGUGGACCGUGUCAUCCGUAUGGCAGGACAGGUGACCCUGCUAUCCGAGGGGCGGUGCAGGAGACGCUGCAACCUUCGGGGCAGACUGCGGCCAGGGGCUGCGGCCACAACCCUGCGGGCAGACGUGCCAACACCUUAGCAGGCCAAGCAGUGCCCGGCAUAACAGACGCAGCCUGCGGCGGAGUUAGUUUGUCAGGUGUUCCGUGACCUUGCUCCGCCUCUCCCCUUCCCCCUCCUCCCACAAGUGGACUCUCCUUUUCAUACAGAAACGUUGAAGCAAUGAUCCUCACCCAUACAUGAUCUCAAUCAGGGCAAUAUUUACUACCCCAUUCUGUCACUCAGACAAUGAUAAAUGCAUUUUGUUUCAGUCUCAUUGUUUCUCUCUUGUCUUGAAAUGAAGACAUACAAACAAUCACGCAGAUCAAGUCACAGGUACAGAUGAAUGAAUGAGCAGACAAACAGAAUACAUGAAUCGUUUUUUUUAUGUAUUUUUAUGGGUUGACGAAAUUUUUUUGAGGUGUAGUGUUGCCGUUUUUAUGUUGUCUGUUUUGGGUAACGUGUGUGAGUUCUUUGCUUGUCAAAACAAGCAGCGGUGUGACUUAGAGAAUGUCACCUGUUCAAUUUCAGGCGACACAUCGUUGUGCAUGUCUGGAGGGGCAGCGGCAAGGCUCCUCCUCCCUGUCCCUGGUCGAUGUACACCCAUACUUGAGCCUCAAUCAGUGUUGCUCUGCACCAAGUGUCAUAGGCAUCGAUAGGGUGCUCCGGGGGGAGAUGGAGUCUGAAAAUGUGUGGUGGUGUGGCUGGAGGCUGCCACACCAAGGAAUGGCUCCACUAGGGUCUAUACUGGCAGCGAGUCUCUGGACGUGAUUGGGAAUUGUUGUUACGGCACCUCCACGGCUGCUUGGGUGUUCAUUAGCCUGUCCGAUUAUCGAUGGGGAUUUCUUUCAGAACAGCGUUAUGUGAUUGGUCCAUUACCUGCCCUUGGACCAAUCAGAGGGCAGGCACGGUGUGACGUCAUGCCAGCAACGCUGGUGCUGGGUCAGUGGACGCAGAAUUGGUAGGUGAAUAUGAGCCUUUUGCUUUAGUUUACGGUCAGAAUUUCCACUACAUGCACUCGGCGUUUUGAUUGUUGUCUUAAAGAAAAGAUACGAAUUAAAAGUUCUACUAAAGGCAGGAGCUCUAAAAUUUUCGUGGUCGUUACAAGAGUUGUGGGAAUCGAACGCUGGCCGAGAGAUGACAAGGUGAGGGACAGGACGAGGGUGGCGACAAAGCCGAUCAGUCAUCACUACCUUGAGCUGCCUGUAAGGACUCUUGGCGAAGGACACACCGGCUGCCUCACCCCCUGUCUAGUUUACCAGGUGAGGCGAGAACCGUUUUUGCUCCAACGAAGGCAAUAAGGCUACUCGUGGAGCACAAUGAGUUUUUAGCGCGUGUUCGAGGCUAGCGAGGGCGGGAGAGGAGCAGACAGCCUAAUAGUGAACGUCAAGAGACCCUUCUGAAGAGCCACCGACAGAGCGACCUUCAGGAUGGGCAGCGCCGUGGCCAAGGAGGACGAGGCUCACAGACACAAGGAAACCGAGGGACAGAGGAACAGGACCAUCUUCAUCAAGCUCUUCAACCAUGUGCAGGGGUUGACCUUCAGCUCGAAAAUCAGCACGGAGGAGCUGACCAACCGGCUGACGGCUCUGUGUGGGCAGCCUCGAGGGGCCUUGAUCCUGCUGAAGGACCGCUACGGCGCCCAGGUCCCCAUUAUCCCCGCCAUGAGGAGCAACACCAUACAGGACGCCUUCAUCGUGGAGAUCCAAGGGAACCGACAGAGCGUGGCGUCGCUCAGGAAGCGCGUCAAACAAGGCACGAGGGUCGAUGAGGGUGUCCCGAGGGCUUAGUACGCACAGAAGCUCUCCCUGCGUGCCCCGGCUGCUGCUCUUCUCCCACUUGGUGACGUGUGACGCUGCAACGAGUUUCCAUGUAAGACGAAACACGGGGAACAGCCCUGGCUUUACUACGGCCGAGACGUCAUUCCAGGUUCCCAGUUUCCAGGUGAGAGGGGCGGCGGACAGACCCAAGCAUGCAGAACAUUAUAAUUUAGUGCACCCUGUAACCUCUUUCGUCCCCCUCCCCUCCCCCUCCCCUGCCACGUUGAACAUGUCCUGAUUCUCCCCACCUAAAGACACCUGCAUGCUAUUGCUGUAUUAAUCACGAAAGGAAAAUAAAUGAUAAAAAAAUACCUGGUGUUUACGGCCUUGGGAUUUUUUUU